UUGGAACUAAAAAAGGAACUCGUCCAUUUUCCAAAGGAACAACAAAGGAACGAAUUCUUUUUUUUUCAGGAACAAGGAACAGAACGAAUUCCUUUUCAUAAGGAACUCGCCAAGCACUGCCCAUUUGGCGGGACAUUCUCGAUUUUUAAUAUACUUGCCCCGUGUCCCGCUUCAAUUUUUAGGGGGACCCGUAUGUCACGAUUUUCGUGUUUUUUAAAUUUUUGUCCCGUGUCCCGUCUUACAUGAGUUACAAGCCAGCGGGACAAUUAGAAUGGCCCGAUUUUUUUAUAACUACUUGGAGCAAAAUAUUUGUAGCAUCUAACAUUAAAACAAUAUUGAUUUGUUUUUAGAUUUUAUAACUACCUUUUAAAGAUUAUAGAUUAUAGGAAAUACCUGCGUUCGGCUAUUGAAAAAAAUAAAAUCAUCUGAAAAAUAUCAGUAGUAGGUAUUAAUUCAAGAAUAAUCAUAAUUUUUGUUACGUAAUUAUUUUACUUCAUUAAAGAUACCUAAUCUAUUUAUAAUUAAUUUUUUUUAGAGACCCGAUUCCCGCUUUAAAACAGGACGUCAAUAUCCAAAUUCUUUUACAAUAUAACAUUUCAAAAUAUGUUGUGUCUCGCGAGUUAAAAAAAAAAUCCCAUCUCUACCUACAACACAUUAACAAAACAACUUUAUACACUCUUCUGUUUCCAUAUUCUUUACAAACAAAAAUAUUGCAUAAGAAUCACGAUAUAUCUUUAAUCGUGAUAAGAAUUAAAAACCGUUCUUAUCUUGUCUUAAAGAACGGCUUUUUCAGUAUUCAGCAUUUCAGCAAUACAAAAUAAAUUUAUUUUGUCAUGGUAUUAAUGUUGGUUUUAAUGUUCAGUGUGCACUUUUCAGAAUUCAGAUCAAAAGUUCAAAACGUUGUCUGAAUGUCUGAUCUACAUGAAAUGCAAAAACCAUUAGUAAGAUAUGCUGAUGACCAAGACUUGGAGGAUUUGUUUAAAUCUAAGAUCAGAGAUGGAGAUCCAAUGCUUGAGUACAUCACAAAAACCCAUGGAACGGGUGAAGAUUCUCCUGAUGGUGUGAAACAUGAAGUAAGAGAGUUUCGAGGAUUUUGUCCACCAAAUAGGUUUGGAAUUCGACCAGGAUUUACAUGGGAUGGUGUAGAUAGAUCAAAUGGUUAUGAACAGAAAUGGCUAUUGCAACAAAAUUCACAGAAAGUGUUGGAAGACGAAGCGUAUAAAUGGAGCUGUUCUGAUUUGUAAAAUUGUAUUAUGGACAUUUAGAGCUAAUUAUAAUAGGCACCUAACCUAUAAUUGAUUUGUAUUUUUAUAAGCAUGUAAAAACAAAUUUCAGUGUAAAAUCUCAAAUUCUUAGAAAAAAUAGACCAUAUCAUCUACCUAUUAAUUAUUCAAGAUUUUAAAUAUUAAUAUUUUAAUAUACUCUAAUAUCAAAAUAAGAGCAUACUAUUGAAACCGGCAAAAGAAAAUGUGGUAUGUCAUAUUGCGCCCGUACAUGUGUAAGAUGAAGACAAUAAAUACGGUCCUCUUAAACACCAGAAUAUUAAUUUAUAACCCUAUUUGGAUUAUUAUUAUUGUUUAUCAAUUAUUAUCUAUUUUUAUAUACAUUUCAAGUUAAAAAAAAGAAUUUUAAAUUAACGAUCUCAAUUAUUUUGUUGUAAUACAAAAAUGAUUAUACUCAUAGGGACCAUUUAUACCAUUAUUAAUCUAAUCUAACUUAUUCAUAACAGAUCUACGAUAUUGACUUAAAAGUUAAUAAAAGCUAAUAGUUAAUACUAUACGAAAUUUGUUUUUGGUCACAAUUAGUUUGACCUACCUUAUUAGUUAUUAUCAAUAGGCAUUAGCAAUAUUAAAUACAUAAUACAUAAUAACAUGUCCUAAGGAAUAUAGGUUGAGUACAGACUGUCUCAGUUCAGAAUCGUUUUUUUGUCAUAUACAAUGAUUUAGCAAAAUUAUUGGC